AUGGGUUUGGUUUCAGAACUGCUUUCGUUUUGUGUUUUGUUUAUAAGGUUGAUCAGUGCUGGUAAUAUUGUUGUUGGGAUUGGGAUACCAACUACUCUUGAUGGACCCUUUAAGCCUGUGACUGUCCCUCUUGAUAAAAGUUUCAGAGGAAAUGCUGUCGACUUGCCUGAUACAGACCCUCGAGUUCAAAAGGUUGUUCAAAGUUUUGGGCCUGAACAGGUUUCUGUGUCUCUCUCUACCACUCAUGAUUCUGUUUGGAUUUCUUGGAUUACAGGGGAUUUUCAAAUUGGGGACAACAUAAAACCAUUGAAUCCCAAAACGGUUGCUAGUAUUGUUCGAUAUGGACAGCUAAGGUUUCCACUUCAGCACAAAGCUACUGGUUAUUCCAUUGUUUACAACCAAUUGUAUCCUUUCGUGGGGCUCCAGAACUACACUUCUGGCAUCAUUCACCAUGUCCGUCUUACAGGGUUGAAACCUAGCACACUUUAUUAUUAUCAAUGUGGAGAUCCUUCAAUACCAGCAAUGAGCAAAAUUUACUACUUUAAGACUAUGCCAGCUUCUGGCCCUAAGAGUUACCCUAGCAGAAUUGCAAUAAUGGGGGACCUAGGGCUUACUUACAAUACAACUUCAACGCUUGAUCACAUGAUUGCAAACAAUCCUGAUCUUAUUUUAUUGAUCGGUGAUGUUUGUUAUGCUAACUUGUAUCUCACCAAUGGAACUGGGGCUGAUUGCUACUCUUGCUCUUUCUCACAAACUCCCAUUCAUGAAACCUAUCAGCCUCGUUGGGAUUACUGGGGAAGGUAUAUGCAGCCUGUAAUAUCUAAAGUUCCAAUAAUGGUGGUAGAAGGAAACCAUGAGAUAGAACAACAGGUUGAAAAUCAGACAUUUGUUGCUUACAGUUCUCGAUUCGCAUUCCCAUCCAAAGAAAGUGGAUCAUCCUCUACUUUCUAUUAUUCUUUCAACGCUGGCGGAAUUCAUUUUAUAAUGCUCGGUGGCUACAUUGCGUACAACAAAUCAGCACCUCAAUACAAGUGGUUAGAGAAAGAUUUGGCUAACGUUGACAGAAAAGUGACCCCAUGGUUGGUGGCUACCUGGCACCCUCCUUGGUAUAGCACCUACAAGGCACAUUAUAGGGAAGCAGAAUGUAUGAGGGUAGCAAUGGAAGAUUUGCUCUAUCGGUAUGGUGUUGACGUGAUCUUUAAUGGUCAUGUACACGCCUACGAGAGGUCGAACCGGGUAUACAACUACACUUUGGAUCCUUGUGGUCCUGUUCAUAUCACAAUUGGUGAUGGUGGAAACCGAGAGAAGAUGGCCAUUGCACAUGCUGAUGAACCUGGUGAAUGUCCUAAUCCAUCCACCACGCCAGACGAGUACAUGGGCGGUUUCUGUGCAUUCAAUUUUACGUCAGGACCAGCAGCUGGAAACUUCUGUUGGGACCGGCAGCCGGAUUAUAGUGCAUACCGAGAAAGUAGUUUUGGUCAUGGGAUUUUUGAGGUAUCUUUCUGGGUUCCUUUGAUCAUAUGUUUGAUAUUCACUUUGCAGGUGAAAAAUGAGACUCAUGCUCUAUGGACUUGGCACCGAAACCAGGACCUGUACAACUCUCCUGGAGAUCAGAUUUGCAUAGUAAGGCAGCCUGAAAGGUGCCCAACUGAACCGAAGGUAAUUAAGCUUCAAAGAAACUGGAAAAAGAAGCACUUAAUUUAG